AUGGAAAUACCUUUGGAAAGACCAUUUGAAACCAUUGCUGCAGUCACAAACAAAAAAGAUUUUUGGAAGUUGGCUGUUAGGGUUAAAGACAAGUGGACUGUGGUCAAGGAUGGGAAGGAGCACUUGGAGAUGAUAAUAGUUGAUGCUAAGGGAAAUAAUAUUCAAGUUGUGAUCCCUACUGGUUAUAAAGCUGUUUAUGACAAGAUCCUUAUGGAAAACACUACAUACACCUUAAGCAAUUUCCAGGUCCAGAACAAUGAUUUAGCUUUCAAAGCUUCUGACCACAAGUACAUGCUCAAAUGGAACAGUGCCACUAAUGUUGUUGAUGUCAAUCUACAUGAUAUCCCUAUUCCUAACACAAAGUUCAAGCCUUUUGCUGAGAUUAUUUCUGGAAAAUGGCGGUCCGAUCUCUUAGUUCAUGUCAUUGGAAUGGUCCAGGACAUGGGCUACUGUCAAUUGAAUGAAGGGAAUGGGAAAAAGUUACAAGUUAACUUUAGUUUAAAAGAUUUGAGUGACAUUUCUAUCAACUGCACUCUAUGGGAGGAUUAUGCUGCGAGGUUCAUUCAGUACAACAAGGACAGGAAAGAUGUUGGACCAUUGAUUAUUAUGCUUAACUAUUGCAAGAUCAAAGAAGAAGGCCGGUACCCACUCAGUGUUUCAAACACUUAUUCAUUCACUAAGAUGUUUCUUAAUGACAACAUCCCCGAGAUCAAUCUAUUCAGGGAAAGCUUACCUAAAGAUGAACAGCUGGUGUCAUCCUCCCAGAUCCUAUGCACACAGUCCUAUACAGGCUCCCAAGUUGCUACUCAAGAUGAUCUUCUCUCCAAAAACACUGUCCUCCCCCUGUCCCAGGUUAUCCAACUUGAUCAGAUUACUUACUGUGUCACGGUUGCAACGAUUCAAAAGGUUAACUCCAACAAGAAUGGGUGGUACUAUUUUGCUUGCCAUAAGUGUCCAAAAAUUGCCAAAGGAGACAAACCUCCUUACACAUGUGAAGAUGGACAUAACACUGAAAUUGAGAUCGUCAGGUACAAACUUGAGAUGGAUGUUUCCUAUGAAUCUGACAGAUGUAAUUUUGUUGUUUGGGACCGUGAGGUCACACAAAUGUUAGGGAUAUCUGCUGCUCAGCUACGCUCAAACAUGAUUCAGGCUGGUAUUACCAACCGCUUAGAGUAUCCAAUGUUGCUUGAUCGCCUUGCUGAAAAGAAUUUUGUCUUUAAAGUCAAAUGGCAACCAAGGUGGAAGUCAUGUUCUGUUGUUUGCUAUAAAGGUGGAGAGGCUUUUGUUGACCAAGUUGUCGCCAAAUUCCCCAUUGUUGUGCCUGCUGAACCAGAAAAGGAUGAUCUUGACCCAACUCCUAUGAAUGAAGAUACAGGACUUAAUGCUAACAACACUGACUCACAGGAUAUUUCAAUUUCAAUGGACCUCUCCGCAACAUCUGAGUUUGAUCCGGAGACUCUUAGCCAGAUGACCCCUAUGAGUACCUUCAAAACAGCAGGACAUUCAAACAACUUGGAGCUUCUGGACCAGGUUACACCAAGAUCCUCCAUGUUUCUUGGUGGACAGACAAGUGAAAAUCCUCCUGCUGAUGCUACCCCUCACAAGUUGCCUGCAGCUCAUGUUGUUGUCAUUUCUACUGGCCAGGAUGACAUAACUCCUGCAAAAGGCUCUUCAUCAAAGAGGGUGAAGCUGAUUAAACAGGAGAAGAAAUGA